AUGAAGUUCCUCAAUCAGAAGGAAGCAAUUGCCGUUGACGAGGAAUUGUUCAACGAGUACAAGUUCAGUGUUGAUCAACUAAUGGAACUGGCAGGGCUGAGCUGCGCUCAUGCCAUAAAUGAUUGCUACGGAAACAAAACGAACAAUAAAAAAGUGCUCGUUUGCUGUGGACCCGGUAACAAUGGUGGAGAUGGACUGGUAGCCGCGCGCCAUCUGGUGUUGUUGAAUUUCGAACCUUACGUCUACUAUCCUACUAAGCAAUCUAAAGAGCUGUUCGUUAAUUUAACACAUCAAUGUGAGUCGAUGGGCAUCCAGGUGAGCCAAGAAUGUCCUACGCUGGAAUGGGUAGACAACAAUAUUGGGCUGGUGAUAGAUGCGCUGUUUGGGUUUAGUUUCAAGCCACCUGUAAGAGAGUCCUUUACUUCAAUAAUGAACGUACUGAUAGAAACUAAAGUUCCUGUUGUGAGGUAA